AUGUCUUUCUUUGAUAUUCCCCCUGCGCCUUCUACGAAGUUAGGCUACUACCGCCUUUUGUCCCCUUUGGCGGGUGUUCGCGUUUCGCCCAUCCAGCUGGGUGCGAUGAGCAUUGGUGACAAAUGGGAUAAGCUCGGGUUUGGAAGCAUGGACAAGGAGUCAAGCUUCAAGCUCCUCGACGCGUAUUUUGAUAUGGGUGGCAACUUCAUCGACACCGCCAAUAGCUACCAGGACGAAUCUUCCGAAGAGUUCAUUGGAGAAUGGGUCGAGAAGCGGGGUAUUCGUGACCAGGUGGUCAUUGCUACAAAGUACACGAUGAACUUCAAGCGCGGGAACGAUAACAUUCAGCAAAAGGUCAACUACACCGGUAACGGGAACAAAUCUCUCAAAAUCUCGGUCAAGAGUAGCCUUAGAAAGCUGCGCACCGACUAUAUCGACAUUCUCUACGUGCAUUGGUGGGACUAUGAGACUUCCAUCGAAGAGGUGAUGAACAGUCUGCAUAAUCUUGUCGUCGAGGGGAAGGUUCUCUAUCUCGGAAUCUCCGAUACGCCUGCUUGGGUUGUAUCCCGCGCAAAUAUGUAUGCUCAGGUCCAUGGAAAGACACCUUUUUCGAUCUAUCAAGGACACUGGAGUCUUUUGGACCGCUCCUUCGAGCGCGAGAUCAUUCCCAUGGCGCGCACUCUUGGUUUGGCGCUGGCCCCAUGGGAUGUCUUAGGUGGAGGCAAGUUCCGCACGGACGCCGAAGAGGAAGAGAGGAGGCAGUCAGGAGAGAAAGGGCGUGCUGUUGCUGGACUCGGAAUUAGCUGGGAGAGGAACGAGGACGAGAAGAAAAUCUCAAGGGCACUGGAAAAAGUUGCUGGGGAGGUCGGGGCGAAGAAUAUUCGAUCUGUGGCCCUGGCGUACGUGAUGCAGAAAACGCCGUAUGUGUUUCCCCUCAUCGGAGGUAGAAAGGUGGAACACUUGGUGUCGAAUUUAGAAGCGCUCGAUAUUACGCUGUCAAAGGAGCAGAUUGAGUAUUUGGAGAGUAUUCUGCCGUUUGACCCUGGUUUCCCGAAUGCGAUGAUUGGUGACGGAUCCAGCUAUAAUAUUUUCCUGGCGUCGACAGCACAUAUGUCAAAGCAGCCGAGGGUUGAACCAAUUAGGCCGUGA